CUUUUAAACCUAAGACAGACUAGAUUCAAUUCAGCAUUUCUUUAUUAUUAUAAUACAGGCACUGUGCUAACUAGGAGCCCAGGAUACAAAGAUGAACAACAUAUCAUGAACCCUGCCCAUGAAGUGCCCUCAGCCUAGUAGAAGAGACAGAUACAGUGUAAAUACAAAGGGAGGGGCAGCAAAUGUCAAGAAAUGAAGCUGUAAAAGUGGGCAGGGGUCAAACUGUGAGAAACUCUGUAUUCAAUGCAAAGAACUCUACACUUUUUCUGGUAGGCAAUGGGGCGUUACAGGUGUUUUAAGCAGGGAAGUCUCAAGAACAAAUUUACUAUUUAGAAGGCUCACUUUUCUAACAAGGUAGAUAACAGAUUAGUGAGACUGGACUAAAGGUAGAUUAUCGCAAUAAUGUAGGUGACGUGCUGAGGGUUUAAUUUGAGGCCCUGACUGUGAGAUUAGUUUUAAAGAAUUCCAGAAGGAGUUAGUAACUGAGUGGAUGUUGUGAGGCAAGGGGGGAAUAAAGGAUAACUCCCAGACUAUGGCCAAAUAAUUGGACAGCUUAUGGUGUCAUAGGAACUAUAGGAAGAAGGGUGGGAGAGGACCCUCACUGAGCUGAAGUUAGCUAUGGUACACACAUCCAUGUGGAGAGUCAGUUCACAGUUAACUAUCUGGGACUGAGAAGAUGAAUAUGGGAGACACUGGCAAUCCUGUUGGUGGAUAGAACAUCUACAUAUAAAGACGUUAAAGAAGUAAGAGGAGAACACACACAGAUGAGAGAAGAACCAAAAGGUUAUCAUAGAAGGCAAGAGAAUAAAGAGUGAAAAGGUCAUUAGCGUUGAAUGGCACAGUGAUAGGAAGAACCAAGAAGAGAAAAUUAAUUGGAUUUAGCCAUUAGGAGGUGAUUAGAGUAGAAGGGAUUAAAGCAGGACUGCAAUGAUUAAAAGGCAACUGAUAGGUAAGGAAGUACAAAUCUACAGUGAUUAUGGAUUAAGCUUUCAAGAAGCUUGGCUUGAGAGAAAACACAAAAGGCAGUAGCUAAGGGGUUAUGGGAAGAUUAUCUCUUUUUUCCCCAGGCUAAAACACCUGAGGUUAUUUACAGGAAAAGAAAAAAAGAGCCAAAAAAGAAAGACAAAAUACAGUAAAGACAUGAAAAUAGGCAAAUAAAAAGGACUUUAAACAUACAGCUGCUAAAGUCUAGGGUAACUACUUAAUAAUGGUAUCCAAUAUAUUCUUAUUCCCGAUUCUGUGAGAAAUGAAAAAUAACUACUAUAAAUACUGUCUAAUAGCUAUAAAAACUGAAGUUUAUAUCAGCUGGGUGUUUUUCAGGCCAAUAAUGGAUUCACUCAUGAAGUAGUAUUUCUUCACCCACAUUUUCAGAGAGCCCUCUACCUCUGAGAAAAGAUCUGGCUUAGCCUGCAGAAGACCCUGAGAAACGAGGGAAGAUACUGUUCAUUUCUUUUCAUCUUCACUCAAGACCUGGAAGACAGUCCUAACAACAUUUGGCAGGAUCCCAUAUGCAUUGUCAUCAUCUCAUCUUAGUCUCCACUGGUCUGUGACGGUUUCUCUGUCUUUCCUUGCUUGUCAUGACCUUGACAGUUCGGAGGAGUACUGAUCAGAGAACAGCCCAUCUUCACCACCCGCGCGCACGUCUUCCAGAUCGACCCGAACACCAAGAAGAACUGGGUGCCUGCGAGCAAGCAGGCGGUCACGGUUUCCUACUUCUACGAUGUCACGAGGAACAGCUAUCGGAUCAUCAGUGUGGAUGGAGCCAAGGUGAUCAUAAACAGCACAAUCACACCCAACAUGACUUUCACCAAAACGUCGCAGAAGUUCGGGCAGUGGGCCGACAGCAGAGCCAACACGGUGUUUGGUCUGGGGUUUUCCUCAGAGCAGCAGCUGACGAAGUUUGCAGAGAAAUUCCAGGAGGUAAAAGAAGCUGCCAGAUUAGCCAGAGACAAGUCCCAGGAGAAAAUUGAGACCUCGAGUAAUCAUUCCCAAGCGUCCAGUGUCAACGGGACGGAUGAUGAAAAGGCUUCCUGUGCGGGUCCUGCCGACACACAUCUCAAGUCCGAGAACGACAAGCUGAAGAUCGCUCUGACACAGAGUGCUGCCAAUGUGAAGAAAUGGGAGAUCGAGCUGCAGACCCUGCGGGAGAGCAAUGCCCGGCUGACCGCAGCGCUGCAGGAGUCGGCGGCCAGCGUGGAGCAGUGGAAGAGGCAAUUCUCCAUCUGCCGGGACGAGAACGACCGGCUCCGAAACAAGAUUGACGAGCUGGAAGAGCAGUGCAGUGAGAUAAACAGAGAGAAGGAGAAGAACACUCAGCUGAAGAGAAGAAUUGAGGAGCUGGAGUCAGAACUCCGGGAAAAGGAGACGGAGUUGAAAGACCUCCGAAAACAAAGUGAAAUCAUACCUCAGCUCAUGUCAGAGUGUGAAUACGUCUCUGAGAAGUUAGAGGCGGCAGAGAGAGACAAUCAGAACCUGGAAGACAAGGUGCGUUCCCUGAAGACGGACAUCGAAGAGAGCAAGUACCGACAGCGCCACCUAAAGGUGGAGCUGAAGAGCUUCUUGGAGGUGCUGGACGGGAAGAUCGACGACCUGCACGACUUCCGCCGGGGCCUCUCGAAGCUGGGCUCCGACAACUAGGCCGCUCGUGAGUCCUCCUGUCCACAUCGCUUCUGUAAAUGCAGGCGCAGUGUGUCGUGUUUCCACACCAGGUGUGCCGUCCACUCUCUCCUCUCCAGAGUAGCAUCUCCCCUCGUGUCUCUGGCCUUGCGAGGCUGUGGACCACUGGACAGUUCUGACUCAGGAAUCCAGAACUAGGUCUACCUUAAACGUUUACGCAGUCAGGGCAGGGAUGUUUAUAUCUUUCUUAAGGGCUGUUGCAACCAUAUGAACUGAAAAAAAAGUAUUUUCUAAUCCAAAUAUGAAUACCCUUUCCACCUCCUUUUUUUGAGAAACGUUCAGAGUAUUCAGAUGUCUACCAGGCACCAGUGCGUGGGGCGUGUGAUAGCAACUUCCCUCUCAGUAAAUGAGGAGAUGCUUUAGAACAACCACUUAGUUGAGACUUGUCCCGAGAAAGGAAACAAGUUUCUGGUGGGUGCAUUUCCUGGCGCUGGAAUUGCCUGCAUCCACUGGGCCCGCUGCCACCCGCCCCCAGUUUGUAGGGUUGCGACAAUGUUCCUUUUCUUGGUUUUAAUUUCUGAGCAGAUGACUGUGCUGUAGGAACAGCAUGUGGUGAGGGUGCCUAGCACAGUGCCUGGCACCAAGUAGGUGCUUAAUAAAUAUUUGUUCGAUUAAAUGUAUAAACAGAAUUUAGUGUUUUAAUCAAAUCCCCCAGCAGAGCCCAUCAAGCCCCUCCCUGUUGAACAAUCCACCCCUUGGCGCGCUGGGUUGUGAUCAGAUGUGAAUGCAGCUUUGUGGUCAGACUCGGGGACUGGCUCGGGUGGUUCUGGGGCUGGGAGGGUGGCAGUGGAAGCAGCAGAAGCUGGUCUGGGGCGCUCUGCCUGCCCCCCCAGGAGCCCAUCCAUGGUGCUCUGUCCCUGGGCCCUCUGCCACUGGGACCACCUUUCCUCUCCAGGCCUUGUAGGGCAUGGGGCCUGUGGCCUGAGGAUUCCAGUACCACUGACUGGGUGUAGGGGCUGCCCAGGGCUUGGAAUCUAGGGUGGUAUCCUUUAUUGGGUUUAGACAAUUGAAAAAGAAAUCACGCAGGCCCACAAGGGGAUGAGUUGGCUCAGAGAGGCUGAGCCUUGCCUUAGAGGAGUUCUGCCCGGGUCCGCCUCCUGCCUCUCUUGGUUCCUACUAAGGAAGGAACCAGAGCCGUAAACCUCCCCUCUCUUACCAAGAUCCUCGAGGGGACAGUGAGCAUUUGGUUUGCCACAUACAAGAUGGUCUGAAUCCCAGGCCAUAGGCAUUUCUAAAUGCCUUUGGAGGAGGGAGAGGCUUUGAUGCCCCAUUACCUGCUUUGAGAACCACCGAGAGAACGUCCCCUCUGGAAGGAUUUUCCCACAUGUUAGAAUCUCUCCCUGCUGAAUUUAGAUAAACAAUAAAAUAGCCUGGGGAGGGGUAUUGAGACCUAGACCCCAAGGCAACUUUACAAGUCCUGCUGCUCUCCUUCGUGUGGCUGAGACCGUCUCCCUGGUCAGGGAGGUCUUAUUUGGGACAGGGAAAGAAGGAGGGCUGGUGAGCCAGGGCUCCGGGGCACGAAGGGGAGACCUGCAGGCUGAGUGGGGCAGCUUCGGUGGAGUGCACGGGGCCGGUGGCAGGUGGCAGUGGAAAGUGCGGUCAGCCCUCCUGGUGAUUUGAGACCGGGCACUCCUGCCCUCUCCCCAGAGCGGGACAGCGGUAGCAGCUCCCUGCUGGCCAGGAGACCAGACAGCUGGGCUGGCCGCCAGUCGGCCCCACAGCCCAGCAGUCCCCCUGUCAGCAGACUGGGCGAGGCGCCGCCCGGGAGCAGUGGGUGCUGCAGUUCUGAAGCCUCAGCUUGGGUCCUUGGAGGCCCACCACCUUGUCUGUUAGGUGGCUUACUGAUCCAGAAGGAACCGUCCUGACUGACUGGCGCCUGCUCAGGGGGCACAUUCAGGGGAGGACAGACUUGUCAGAGCCACUUGCACGUUCCUUAGCAGAGACUGUAGAAAACGCUGGCGGCAGCAGGGCCGUUACCACGGUGGGCCGCGGUGUCCCUGUGCGGUCAGGACCCGUGACUCCCACCCACCGACCGGGCAAGAGCUUGGUGAGCCCUUGUAGAUGAUGGGUGAGGAGCUGAGAUCCCCGCACUGCGCGGCCCAGCCAGCUCUAAGUCCUGCAGCCCAGGAGCUAAGAGCAGUGGGGAUUCCUCUAAAGGGGGAGCUAAGUUGGGCUCAGCAGGGAAAGCACAACUUGACAAAAGCCUUUCAGUUCCUCCUGCUUUUUUCUCUAAAGAGCUUAAUGUUUCUUCAUUUACUUAAAAAGAAAAAACAUGGCCCGGGACAACCUAGGCAGUCAGCGGAGAGACUGGCCCUGCCUGACAGCCCCUGGCGCUGUGCGGGGAGACCGGGUAUAACAAGGGUGACCGCUGAGUUCGCCCCGUUUCCCUGGAGCCAGUUUACCCCGCCCUGGGUUGUUAGGACGUCCAGCUCCAGUCUCAGCACUGGUGCCCUUUGGUUGUCCUUAUCUGACGUCUAGCGCCGGCAGAGUGUAAACCUUUCACUCACAAACAUCCCGGCCACGUUGUGCUGCUGGAGGAUUUAGAACCAGGACUGCAUUUCCACUUCCAGGUGAUGAUUCCUUGUUUGACAUCUCCAAGACUGGUUGCCUGGACCUUGAUUAGCCUUUUUUUCCUCCUGUCUCUGUGAAACCUGAGGUCUAAAAGAAGCAAAAUAAAAUUUGGAAUCCUUUACCUAUAAUGACACUUAAAGAUAAUUUUCAUUCCAAGUAAAGACCCCCUGGAUGCAUUGCACAGUUGAAAGUGACCAGGGGAGAUGAAGUCUUCCUGGUGCCCAGGGAAGAGAAAACCACCCGAGUGACAGGCAGGGAUGGUGCGGUCAGGCCUUGAAAGAAAGCCAGCGUCCACACGGUGCUACGUCCGUUCCACACUGUCCUUCACGCUGCCACUUUAGACCUGGUUGAGGUGAGAGCACAGGGCAGAGAUCACUCCCCAUUUUGCAGAGGAAGCAGAGACGGAAGGGACACAUCCAGGGUCACCCAGCUAAGGAGCAGCAGUGUGGCUGCAUCCAGGUCUCCUGGACCCUGAUCUAGCUCUGUGAGCCAUGCGCUCUUCUCCCUUGGGUGACCUUUGGGUGCCAAGAAAAAAAGAUUCUCUUGUAUCUGAUAAGAGCACCUUGCAGUUACACUAUGUUAACAUAUAUCCACAGCAAAUGACAGCGUGUAAAUGAGUGAAUCAGAAGGGCAUUUACAUUCACUACAACAGUUGGUUCCACUUUUGAAUGGUUCUGGUUUUGCAGGGAUCCUUCCAAGAGACUGUUGGUUAAAGUAAUGUCAGUGCUCUGAGAGGCCAGAGUGAUGAAACGUGAACACUUUUGAGUUCUUUCUUUGAUGGUUUUUGAGGAGACACAGCAGUUUCUUUAAAAGAAACAGGAGGCCCCGCGAUGGCAGAGCAGUAAGCAGAGUUCUGGUGGGGGCAUGGGGGUCGCCUAUCCCGGCCCACCCUCCUCCCAGACCAGAGCCAGCCCUGGGGAGGGAGCAGGCCAGCCACUGGUCAGAGCAGAUUAGUGGGACCUGACCGACCCCCGGGAGGACUGACUGUCCACAGUGGGCGGUUGGUCUCUGUCCUGCAGACUCCUCAUGGACGUCUCUAGACUCGCGCAGCCCACGGCCACAGCCUGGGUGGUGGUUGGCCGACGCCUGGCUGGUAUGUACUGCAUUUGCCGUAUAACAUCGAAUGAAGGGUGGAAUAUACUUAAUGUGCUGCCUGGGGGCAUCACGAUCUGCCUGUUUUGAAAAGACUCCUUUUCUAUAGAACAGACUGCUUUUUUAUAGAAAUCAGGGGCAACUUUGGAUGACAGCCAACCCCAGGGCGUGCCAGGGACCUUAUUGUGGGAUGUGUCGUGUGGCCUGGUACACUUUUAGAAAGCAGGCGGCCGUGAUGGGACUUAGCAGAGGCACUUGGCAGAGGCUGUCCUGUGAGAGAGCCAGCCAUUGCCCUCUGCUCAUUACUAAAAGUGGCGGUUUGUGCUGGUCGUCCUUCUAAAAGCUAUGAUUCUUUUUUCACUUGAAACACCACUGAAUUUUGAAGCAGUGAUUUAAACUAGAAGCUUGCAAAUCAACAUCCAUAUAUAUUUUUAGAUGACAUGCAUGGUUUAAAAGGAUCCUAAUUUCUGAGUACCCGGUUCCCCCCCCGCCAAAUAUUGUAUAUUCUGGGGAUGGUGGGGGGUGACGGCAUGGAGAAGGAAUCCUGUGUGGAAACGUGUGUCAUUUUACAUGUCUUUUCUGUACACCUAUCUCAAGAAUAUGAGGUUUCCACUUCCUCUUUAAACACCAGCCAGGCAAGAAGGUGACUGGUAAGAAUUUGGCAGCUGGAUGGAAUGGUCUAGUGAACUUUGGAGAGAGAGAGAGAGAGACAGAGUGUGUGUGUGUGUGUGUGUGUGUGUGUGUGUGUGUUGGGGGAGAAGCAGUGGGAGGCGGGAGAAACAACAAGGAAGAGUUUUCAGUAAAAAAUAUAUGUAGCUAAGAGGAGUCUUGAAUCACCCUGGUGGUGAUGCUGUGUGUUCUGGAAUCCGUUUCUGAGAAGAACGUGGGGGUCUUUUGUUCUGAGCAGAGUUGUACAGUGCCCUACUCUCUUUGACGA